AGAAGAUAACUUUGUUUUUUUUUUUAAUUCUCAUCAUCAUCAUCGUCAUCUUUGUGGAUAUAGAGAUAGAGAGAUAUGCAUCAUUUCGUACCAGACUUCGAUACAGAUGAUGAUUAUGUCAACAACAACAACACUUGUUCUUCUUCAUCUUUGACUCUUCCUAGAAAAUCCAUUUCUAUGAGAGGUGGUGAAGCAGCUGAUGAUGAUAAUGAUCUUAUGGAGCUUUUAUGGCACAACGGUCAAGUUGUUGUUCAUAACCAGAGACUUCACCACAACAACAACAACACCAAGAAGCCUUCUCCUUCUCCUUCUCCUACACCAAAGCUUCUUCACCCAUCUUCUAUGCAGCAGCAACCUCAACCGUCAGAUCAGAAUCUUUUUAUUCAGGAAGAUGAGAUGUCCUCUUGGCUUCAUUAUCCUCUCCGUGAAGAUGAUGACUUCUGCUCAGAUCUUCUCUUCUCUUCAGCUUCACCUUCUGUUCCACCCGCACCGACUACUGCUCCCUCUGUCACUGCGGAGAGACAGUUGACGACUCAACCGGUUUCAGCACCGAGACCGCCGGUGCCGUCGUCGUCGCAGAGGCCGCCGGUGAGGAAUUUUAUGAAUUUCUCGAGGCUGAGAGGCGAUUUUAUUAACGGUAGAGGUGAAUCUGGACCGUCGAUUUCCAAGGCGGUUGUGAGAGAAUCCACGCAGGUGAGUCCUAGCGGCGGUGGUUGUGCGACACCGUCGUCGGCGUUUAGUGAAUCUGGUUUAACUCGGCGGACGGAUGGUACUGAAAACUGCUCCGCCGUCAUAGCUGGAGGCGGAUUUAAUCGGAAGGGAAAAGCUGUGGCGGCGACGACGAAGAUGACGACUACGCCGGCAAUUGAGAUUCCUGGUACAUCUGCUUCUGCGGUGUCGAAGAGCGAAAUCGAACCGGAGACGACGGCGGAGAGAAAACGGAAAGAGAGAGAAGCCACUGAGGAAGAAACAGAGUGCCGCAGCGAGGUGCAGGAAACUAAACAAGGACGUGGAUCAACAACAUCUACCAAGAGAUCUCGUGCUGCUGAAGUUCAUAAUCUCUCUGAAAGGAAACGGAGAGAUAGGAUCAACGAGAGGAUGAAAGCUCUGCAAGAACUCAUUCCUCGCUGCAACAAGUCAGACAAAGCUUCCAUGCUUGAUGAAGCUAUUGAGUACAUGAAAUCUCUACAGCUGCAAAUACAGAUGAUGUCAAUGGGAUGUGGUAUGAUGCCAAUGAUGUAUCCGGGUAUGCAACAAUACAUGCCUCACAUGGCCAUGGGGAUGGGUAUGAACCAGCCUCUUCCUCCUCCUUCCUUCAUGCCUUUCCCCAAUAUGUUACCUGCUCAAAGACCACCUUUGCCUACACAAACCCCUAUGGGGGACUCUGUAUUCUCAGCACCUCAAUACCCUGUUCAUCCUUCUGACCCAUCAAGACUCUUUGUACAGAACCAGCAAUGUGAUCCAACAUCGAGCCAGCCUCAGUAUCCGGUUUACAUGGAUCCCUAUCAGCAGUUCCGCAGUGUCCACCCGAGUCAACCACCUCAGUUUCAGAAUCAAGCAACAUCGUACCCAAGUUCAAGCAGGGUAAGUAGUAGCAAGGAAUCUGAGGUUCAGGGAAACCACACAAAAGGUUAAAGCCUUGGAGCAGCCAGAGCAUCUGUUUUCACAAGCAAACACACACAAUUUUGAGAAAUUGACAGAGAGACCUAACAUGUAAAUCGCCAUCUCAGAUAACGUAUCUCGCCUGUUUUUGUUGUUGUUGUUGUUGUUGUUCUCUCUUUCGAGUUUGUAAACUUAGAGAAUUGUACAUGUCAAUAUCCAGACAUCUAGGAAUCAAUACAUAGAGGUUGCAGAGGAUUUAACAGUGAAGAGAAUAGAUCGAAAGUUAGGUUCAUGUACAAACCACAACAUCAUUCUUUCUUGUCAUUUACAAAUUUUGACAAAAGCAAGUCUUGAUAUGCUU